CCACACUCCAGUUCGGCUGGUGGCGGUAAUGCACCAAAGACAGCCAACACAUCUCAAGAAGAAAAACCAGGCUCUCCGGCGGCAGAUCUCAGGUCAGCUCCUAAACUACAAUCAUCCCUGUGUGCACGUCAUCAGUUCAAGAACGCGUGUGUGCGGCGCAUUUAAAGCAAACGGUUUGUAAGUUCACGCGCUGCCUUAAAAUAUGCAUGCGAUUCAGUUCGACGAAUGAAUACAUUAACACAUUGCAUGAUUUUAUUGCUUGAUUGUAUUUCGUGAAAGGUGGGGAUGGAAAAACAUUUUUACAUUGUUAUCGUCUGUGCAUUGAUGUCUUUGCACCUACUGUUGGUCCAAGGAGCCAGACAGGGUCAAGACAUAAAAUGUGGAGCAUGCAGGGCAUUAGUUGAUGAAAUGGAAUGGGCCAUAUCGCAAAUAGAUCCCAAGAAAAUGAUCCAGACCGGAUCAUUUAGGAUUAAUCCUGAUGGCAGUCAGUCAGUAAGAGAGGUUCCAUUUUCCCGCUCUGAGAGUCAUCUGCUGGAACUGAUGGAAGAGGUUUGUGAGAGGAUGAACGAUUACGGUGAACGGGUUGACCCUGCCACCGAUCGGAAGACAUACGUGAGACAUGCAUCCCGUGAUGGCACUGCCAUGGACCUUUCUGAUGUGGCCUUUGACUCCAGAGUCAGCUCUAGUUUAAAGUUUGCUUGUGAAACAAUCGUUGAGCAGCACGAGGAUGAACUUAUUGAAUUCUUUGCUCAUGAGACGGACAACGUUAAAGACAAGCUCUGCAGUAAGAGGACGGAUCUCUGUGACCAUGCCCUGAAGAUGCCUCAUGACGAGUUAUAACAUGAGCCGAGCACAUCAUGCCAGCUUUACCUUCGGAAAACAAUGUUCAACUUCAGUAAACGGACUGAUUCUCUUACUUGUUGAGGACGCUGAACAUACAGAGAUCUACUUAAGUGAUGUUAGGCACAGCAUUGCAUAUGUACUUGACCCUAUGGGUUCACUGUUGACAUGUAUUAAUGGCGUUACCAUCAAAACUGUUCAUCGUCAUUAAUUAAAGCUGACUUUCUACAGCUAAAAAUGAGAUCUCUAUGAGUCUCUCCAAUGGCAUACUUUUAUAUUUAAAUGUCCUUGGAUGCACUUCGUUUUUAGCUUAGAAGAUAACUUGCAGUGUAUUUAUUAUAAGCACAGAUAGAGCGCCUUUGGAGUACCUGGUUCUAGUGGUGAUGUUGUGUCUUGAUAUUUUUUUUUUUUUUUUUUCAGGUCAUGACUCUGAUCAGAUUACUAGUCCUUAAGUCUUAACCAAUUAGGUUAACCCACUAUUAUGUAUUCACUUGUUUUCUUCCCACACAUUAUUGCAUUGGUUAUUGCUUCCAGAUUUGUCAACAUUCGUUUGUGUUUAUGUAUCCAUUGAGGACCAUGUAGUAUUUGUAGUUGUUAUAUUAUUUUAAUAUACUUUAAUAAUAAGAAAGCCCUUUCUUUUAGACACUGAAUGGUCACGGGUGAAUCUGUGCUAAGGACAAUCUUUUUUUUCUUUUCUUUUUUUAAAGCCCAAUAUACAAAAUUGAGCCUUAA